AUGCUUUGUAUUAUUACUUUUUGUAAUAUAUUAAUUGCUACAUUAUUAUUUUUAUUUAUAUUUCUAAUUGUCUACAUAAAUCGACGACAAUUUCAACAAGAUAUUAGUAUAUUAUUAACAAUGAAUACAUGUUUAGCAUCAUUUUUAACAUGUUUUGCGGUUAUAAUUAUGACAUUAUCAAAUCUAUUUGGUUCAUUUUUAAUUGUAAAGAUGAAAUUUUGUUAUGUAUGGGGUCUAUUUUAUGAUAUAUUCGAAUGUUCAAUAUAUCAUUCCUAUACUCUACAAGCAUUCUUUCGUCUAUGUCGUGUUAUUUUUUAUAAGAAAAAACAUCUUUUAAAAUAUCGUUUAUAUAUUCGAUUGAUCGGUGCACAAUGGAUGCUAUCAUUUUUAUUUCUAUUGCCUGCCAUUUUAUUAAAACACUACACUCAAUUGCCAAAUCAAAAAUACUGUCUUAUUGCCUAUACAAAUGUUCCUAUACAAAUCUAUGUUAUUUUUAUGAUUUAUACAAUUCCAUUAAUUUCUAUUCUUACUACCUAUCUAUGUAUUACAUUUUAUAUUCGUCGUACAUCAACGGCAACAACAAUUGCAACGAUUACAAGACGUCAACAACAAAAUUUACGAGAUUUAGUUGUUCUUCGUCAAAUUGUUUUAUUAAUAACAGUUUUAGUCAUAUUAAGAUUUCCAACAGUUAUUUUUAUUGUCGACGCAGCAAUUACGCAUCAUCUGUACAAGCUUACAUAUGAAUUUGUUGCAUUAAUUACAAGUCUAUGUUUAAUAAUUAUUGCAAUAAUUACGCUUUGUAUAACACCACAAAUAAAAAAUUUGAUUAGGUUGAUGCAAAUUCAUUCGACAACGUCGACCGUGGCGCAAAUGCCAAUGAUAGUAGUAGCAAUUGAACUUGCAAAUAAUCCUAACAAUUGUUCGCCAGCAACAAAAUGA